AUGAGUUUUAUUCACAGAUCUUUCCAACCUAUUCUUCCAAGAAGCCAAUCUUCUUCUGAUUCUCCUCCAAAAAUUAGCUGCUCUCACGCUCCAUUUACUUCAAGACCGAGCUCAUCAUCAAAUUGCCACUUUUUCUCUAAUUCCUUCAAUCUCAACCAAGAAAUUUCUCAAAUAAAGCAACGUUUGCACUUAUUUGCUGACUCCCCCCUCUGUGAGUGAGCAAAAAAAUUUUUUCACUCACGGAGGGGGUUAAUUUUUUUAAUUUGCUAAAAUUGGAAAGCAAAUAUUAAUUUCUUUAUAAAAAUUAUGUUUUAAAACGCAAUUUGUUUAAAAUUAAACAGAAAUAGCUCGAGAUUUCAUUAUAAUAAUUAUCACUUAUAUAUCAAUUUUUUUUUUUUUAAUAUUUUUGUUCGCUCACGGAGGGUGGUUUUUUGGGCAAAAAUUAGGGAUUUUUCUAAUGGUUUUGUUCACUCACGGAGGGGGUAAGAAAUUGAAGCCAAGACUCAUUAAAGUUGCCACAAAAGAAACUGAUACGAGUUUGUCUACUGAGAACAGCAGUGACGAUGAAGAUUUAAAAUGCUCUAAAGAGAGUUAUAGUUUCAUUUUAACUGAAAACAGAAAUGGUAGGUCUACUAUCAAAAAAUCGACAGGGAUUAUAGAGCAGCCUGUUGAGCUAGAAGAAAGCCCUAAAAAGCAUCAUAUUACAGAAGAUAAUUUACUGAAAUAUAAAUUUUCAAAAAAUUCAGAAUGCGAAAACCGCAAUGAUUUCAUUGAAGAAACACAAACUCGAUGCUUUUCACAUAUUGAAAAUCGAUAUAGAAAAGAGAGAAACAUUGAUGACCUUAUAUUGACUCCCAGAGGACUAGCAACGAAAGAAAAAUCCGGCUAUGGGAUCCCUCCAAUUCGUAAAAAUCGAAUUCCCAGGCCAAAAAUAUGCAAAAGUAUCCCUAAGAACUACAAUUUUAAAAAUUUCCCAAGUCCAAGCUACUCCAAAAAGCUUUUCCUUUCACAGAGAUUCAAUGAUAUUGAAAAUAAGUAG